UCCUAACUCGAGUCUAUGGCCUAAACGUACUCCUGCACCACCAACCUGCUCUCUUGACACUGCACCACACACUGCCAUGACCUUAGCAAUGACUGACAACAACCCAUUCCGACGCAAGAUGAGUCCUGCGCGCGAUCCUGAGAUAUCCUCCAGCAGCAUGGUAGAGCUUGCACGACCACCCCCUCCGAUACCACCUAGGCCGAUGUCUUUCUCGGGCGUACCUGGUACAGAGCGGGACGAACCGGAAUCUGACUCUGGCUCGAGCAGGAGCUCGAGUCCAGCCCAGCGUCCUCCGCCCAGUGACUCACCGCUGCCUCCACUGCCUCCACUGCCUCCACGCACCCAGGCAUCGCUACCACCACGUCAUCCACACACCAGCUCAUCGCCGCCUCCAGAGCCUCCUCACGAUAGUCCGCCGCCACCGCCGCUUUCUGCUGACGACCUAUCCGACAUCCUGCGAGGAGAGUCUCCCCCGCCGUACACCCCUACUCCCGAUAUCCGUCGCGGCGAGAGUACUGUAGAGCUAGGGCCCCGCAGGCCCUUCCAACAGGCCCCCACACCAAGCCGCUUCGUCCCGCCAAUGAAUCCGCCGUGGCAGCGCAAUCAGUUCGGACCGCAGUCCCAAUGGCCGCCUUCAAACUGGUCGCAGUCCCCAGGAAGCGGUCUCUCAAGAUCAGCGACAGGGCCGUCGCACGGGACGUAUCGGCGUGUUGCUGUCCCGUCCCCAGCUGCCCCACCGCAACCCCCGCGCGCGCUAUCUCACAAUCGCACAGGCUCGUCGCCCGCUGCGGCGCAGCCUGUGUCCGACUUCGCGAGGGAUUUCUAUACUGCCGGGGCAAGCAAUGAAGGAUUGUUGGGAGGGUCUGCUGCACGGUAUGCCCCGCCACUAGUGAACCUAAAUCCAUCGCAGUUUGCCCCGCCGCCUGGGCCUCCGCCCGACCAAUCGCCCAACGGUCAUCCUGCCACGCCGCCACGGCCUGCAAAUCGUGGUGGUCCCCAAAGUGACGCACCUGACGAAGGCCGGCCGACGAUGAAGCCUGUACCAGGGCAUCCGCUAAUGAGCAAUGGGAGGGUGUUGGUGUAUCCUGCGGGCUAUGAGUGUAACAAAUGCAACAACACCGGCUACAAACAAAUGGACCCGUCGAACCCAUGCAUGCGGUGCUGGUCCAAGUACGCAAAGCCCUUCGCAGGCCCGCUGACCUACGCGCCCUGGGGCGCCGCGAGCGCCAGCGGGAACAACUUCCAGCAGCCGCUCCCGUCGCUCCCUGCGGGCCCCGCAAGCGCAAGCCACCGGCUCCCUCCGCCGCCCCACGGCUCCCUCGCACGCUCAGCGUCGACGUCGCGCGCGCCGGGUUAUCCGGGCGUUGCAGCGCACACAACAGGCGCUCCCAUGGCGAAUGGCGGGUUCCUGUCCACGAACGGCUACGCGAGCCCCUUCCACAGCUCCUCGCCCCUAUCUGGACCGAGCUCGCAGUACAUGGGUAGCCCGCCGCCGGGCGCGACGGUCGUGCCGCCGGGCGACCCGCGCAUCGGCGGCAAGCUCUGUUGGCGGUGUGGUGGAAGGGGAAGCGUCACUUUCUUCAUUUUUGACGAGACCUGCAACGUCUGCGACGGUCUGGGCCGGACUCUUCCGUGAUCACCGUGAUGCGCUGUAUCUGCAACCACUAAUUGCUGUGCACACCUGGAUAUAUGUUUUGUUUGGCCCGUGUAUCUUAGUACGCUGCUAUUGCCUGGAUGUAUCUCUUGCCUACCAACUCAUCUUUCAUGUCAACAUUGACGUCCUCUAC